AUGCUCCCAGAGGACCUAUCAUUGACCCUGCUGGACCAAGCUCCAUGCAGAGCGCUCCAAAUCCGCCAAAUCCUUGCCCUCCUAUCCCCCAACUUGCCCAGUCCCUCCACCAUCCUCCUCCACGGCGUCGAAGCAACAGGGAAGAGCCUAACCAUCAAGGCCGUCUUGGAGGCCAUUGAUACCCCCUCCGCCAUCGUCCGAUCGCAAGAAUGCAUCACAACCCGACAUCUACUCGAACGGACAAUUGCCGUGGUAAAAGAGGCAUUGGCCGCGCAUGGACACCUCGAGGAAGCCCAUGGCCUUGAUGGAAGAUGUGAGAACAUCAGCGCUUUCAGGGUAGAGCUCCAGCAUCUACUAGAAGGAAAAGAGAAAUUCAUACUCGUCUUCAACGGCAUCGACCGUCAGUGCGAGGCAGCGCCAACCUUGCUCCCAGCUAUUGCACGGCUCGGAGAAAUAUUACCCAACCUGACCGCCAUCCUUAUCACCACAACCUCACACCCGCACCUCCUCCACCACGCCUGCAUUCCACACAUCCACUUCCCACCGUACACACGCACUGAAACGCUGUCCAUACUCUCCCGCACCCCGCUCUUGCUCCAUGCCAGCUCAGCCUCGUCUCAGUCGCUUAAUACUACAACAGCCGCAAACGACGACGACACGGAAUGGCUCUGGACGCGUUUCAUAGCCGCGGUUUGGGACUCCCUCGGACAAACCGCUGCAAGAUCUAUUCCAGACUUCCGCGACGUAUGCGCGCGACUUUGGCCGCCGUUCAUACAGCCAAUUGUAGACGGCCACUACGGAGCGCGAGAAUUCUCGAAACUACUAGUGAAGAAUAGGAGUUUGUUCCAGAGCGAAGAUGCUCUCAUCGAUACCAUAGUGCCCACUACUCCUUCCUCAACCAUCAGCAAGCCAAAGAAACAGUUCUCAUACACCCUCCCCUACUACCCAACCCACCUCCUGAUCUCCGCCUACCUCGCCUCACACAACCCCCCAAAACACGACAUUACCCUCUUCUCCAAAACAUCCCUCUCCAAACGGCGCAAGCGCGGCGGCGGCACAGCACUCACAUCUAACCGAGCUUCGAAACACCGGAAAGUUUCUCGAAGACUAUUAGGACCACACCCAUUUCCUCUGGAAAGGUUGUGCGCUAUAUUCCAGGCUAUACUGCCCCAUACGUAUACGGGUGGAGGGGCGGACAUGAUGUGCCAAGUUGCUACACUUGUGGGGCUGCGAUUGAUUGUGAAAGCGGGUAUGGGAGGGGAUGUUCUGGAGGGAGGGGGAAAAUGGAGGGUUAACGUGGGGUGGGGAUUCGUGAGGGGAGUGGCGAGGGGUGUAAACUUCGAUGUGGAGAGUUACCUUACCGAGUAG